AUGGACGACGACAUGGCGAGUCACUAUCAGAUGCUCGAGGAGCUGGGCAGUGGAAGCUUCGGCACGGUGUACAAGGCCAUUGAGAAAGCUACGGGGGAGAUCGUGGCGGUUAAGCAUAUCGAUCUCGAAUCGAGUGAAGACGACAUCCAGGAGAUCCAGCAGGAAAUCUCCGUCCUGGCGACAUGCGCCAGCCCCUUCGUGACGCAAUACAAGGCCAGCUUUCUGAGAGGUCACAAGCUGUGGAUUGUGAUGGAGUAUCUGGGUGGGGGUUCCUGUCUCGACCUGCUCAAACCCGGCCAUUUCAACGAGGCGCACGUCGCCAUUAUUUGCCAGCAGCUGCUGCUGGGCUUGGACUACCUGCACAGCGAAGGCAAGAUCCACCGCGACAUCAAGGCCGCCAACGUGCUGCUGUCCCACACCGGCAAGGUCAAGCUGGCGGAUUUCGGUGUCGCGGCGCAACUCACCAACAUCAAAUCUCAACGCAAUACCUUUGUCGGGACGCCCUUCUGGAUGGCGCCCGAGGUGAUCGAGCAGGCUGGGUACGACUACAAGGCGGAUAUCUGGUCUCUGGGCAUCACGGCGAUCGAGAUGAUCAACGGCGAGCCCCCGCACGCCAGCACCCACCCCAUGAAGGUGCUGUUCCUCAUCCCCAAGGAGCCCGCCCCACGCCUCCAGGGCAACGAGUAUAGCAGCACCUUCAAGGAUUUCAUCUCGCAGUGUUUGACCAAGGAUCCCGACCGCAGACCCAGUGCCAAAGACCUGCUGCGACACAAGUUCAUUCGCAAUGCGGGGAAGACGGAGGCGCUGCAGGAACUGAUCCUUCGGCGGCAGGACUGGAAUGCCGGUCGGGGGGCGACACGCAAGAUGAAGUACUACGCCGAGUCUCUGAACACCAUCCGGAACCUCGACGACGACGAUGGCUGGGUCUUCGACACCGUCAAAGCGCCCACGAUGAUCAUCCGUGACGAGCUCGACGAAUUCGAGAAUGAGGAGGAACCCCAGGAUUGGGUGUUCGAUGAGACGUCCGACAUGAUGGAGGACCUCCACAUCUCGAGCCCGACCGGGACCCAGCAUUCGAACAACACCGCCGUGAGACGCCCGCCCGCCGCCCGGGACCACAGCCCGUCGCUGCGGCGGGCCAAGCGCCGCUCCAGCGGAGUGAAGCAGCCGCUCGGGGUGGACAUGAGCUUCGGGAACACCCCCUCGACCGUCCGUCAGUUCCGUCGGGUGUCGGACAAGAUCGCGGACGGGUCGUACCCCUCUGCGUACUCCCUGGGCGGGGACGAGAACUCCAGCCCCAAGACGCUGUUCUCCGAACCCAGCAGCAAGGAGGCACAGCUGGGCCGUCGCGCAUACAGCAAGGCGGUCGGGCUGGCGUGCCAGGAGGUGUUGGGCACGACGGGGGACGACGAGAAGCGGGAGGUGAUUUCACGACUGGCGGAGGCGUGGAGUGACCUGGAGAUGGUCGACCCAGAAGGCCUGUACCACAUCUUGAAGUCGAUGACGGAGAAACUGCAAGGCGACCCGAAGCUGGCCAGUCUCGUCCCACCCGCUCCACCCGCGGAUUCCCCACAGCGACCGCGGCUGGUUCUGGCUCAGAGCAACCCACACCUCAAAAGCCACCGGCGACGCCAGAGUUCGGCUGUGCCCGAGCCCAGCCUGCAGCCCGUCCAGCUGGCGAAUCUGCCAGGCCAGCAAGUGCCGGGCAUGGAGCACACCAAACAGCUCUCCGACGUGCUCUACAACCGCUGGUCUGAAGGCCUUCGCAACCGCUGGCCGGGGAUGUGA